AUGAGGCUACGGCCGUCAAUUCCGUGGGUUGCAGACUAUCUCUCGAAACAACCGUUUGCCGAUCAGAUUGAACUGAUUGGUGCCAAAGAUGUUCGCGUCACGGGGAAUUUUGAAGUCACCGUCAAGUCGACCGGUCAGACUCUGCACAGCAAACGAGCCGGAAAAGGCAAGGCUGAAUCGGCACGAGAGCGAGCCAUGAUUGCCGAACAAAUUGUAGAUCUAUUGGAUGAAAUGGAGUAA